AUGAGCUCUUAUUUCGUCAACUCACUGUUCUCCAAAUACAAAACCGGGGAGUCCCUGCGCCCCAAUUAUUAUGACUGCGGCUUCGCCCAGGACCUGGGCGGCCGACCCACCGUGGUGUACGGUCCCAGCAGCGGCGGCAGCUUCCAGCACCCGUCGCAAAUCCAGGAGUUCUACCACGGGCCGUCGUCGCUGUCCACGGCUCCCUAUCAGCAGAACCCGUGCGCCGUGGCGUGCCACGGGGACCCGGGCAACUUCUACGGCUACGACCCGCUGCAGCGGCAGAGCCUGUUCGGUGCGCAGGAUCCAGACCUGGUGCAGUACGCAGACUGCAAGCUCGCCGCCGCCAGCGGCCUGGGGGAGGAGGCCGAGGGGUCCGAGCAGAGCCCGUCGCCCACACAGCUCUUCCCCUGGAUGCGCCCGCAAGCAGCCGCCGGACGCAGGCGAGGCCGACAGACCUACAGCCGCUACCAGACCCUGGAGCUGGAGAAGGAGUUCCUAUUUAAUCCCUAUCUGACUCGCAAGCGGCGGAUCGAGGUAUCGCAUGCGCUGGGACUGACAGAGAGACAGGUCAAAAUCUGGUUCCAGAACCGAAGGAUGAAGUGGAAAAAAGAGAACAACAAAGACAAGUUCCCUAGCAGCAAAUGCGAACAGGAGGAGCUGGAGAAACAGAAGCUGGAGCGGGCCCCGGAGGCGGCGGACGAGGGCGACGCGCAGAAGGGCGACAAGAAGUAGGCUCCAGCUGGGACUGACAGGGCCGCGGCCGCCCUGCCUCCGCGGGUCACCCGACCGCGCUGCCGUCGCCCGCCCCCGCCCGAGAGAGCUCUGGCCCCGUGAGCGGGGCCCGGAGCCUGGCCUCCCACCGCAGCGUCCCCGCCGCGCCAGUCCCCGCUAGUGGUAGUUUCUCGUAAUAGCUUCUGUGUGUGAGCUACCGUGGAUCUCCUUCCCAUCUCU